AUGGGUUCAACUGCAAGGGGCAAGCACAAACGUGCAAAUCGAAGCUCUCGAUAUGUGGAAUCUUCUGAUCAUAACGAUCGUGAUUCUGAAUUCGGUACUAAUGAGCAGGUGGGGAGUGAGGGAGUUGUUGAUAUCCAAAAUUCUACUGAUGAGAAUGAUUGGCGUUUGUAUUGUAAGGAGGAAGAGUUAGAAGGGGUAUUGUUGUCCAAUCUCAAAUUUUUGUAUAGGGAGGCGUUAUGUAGGCUUUGUGAGAUGGGCUUUCAGGCAUCUGUUGCGUUUAAAGCCCUGCUAAGUAAUGGACAUUGUUAUGGGGAAAAGGAUGUUUUAUCUAACAUAUUGGAUAAUACUGUGAGGUUUUUGGAUACUGGGAAGCGUGAUGGGGAUAGGCCUGUUUUUGAUAAUAUGACGCAAUUAAUUGACCUUUCUCUUGCUGCUUUGAUUGUUAUGUUGCAAAAAUCAAAGCCGCAUAUGAGCAAAGGGGAUGCUAUGCUUUAUCUCUUAUUAAAUGAUCUGAAUCUUGAUCCUUCAGUGAAGGAUUUUUUAAAUCAGAAUGCUGUGGCAUUUUCUGGGGGAUCCAUGGCAGACUUUAUAAACUUACACACUGAAGCUAGUGGUUGUGGAAAUGCUUUUUUUUUAAGUGCGAAUUCGUCAACUGGAUCUGUAAGUGAAACAGAAGCUGUAGUAGAGCAAAUUGAGCAGCAACCAGAUGCUAAAAAGGAAAACGCGGGCAGUUCAAUGAUGGACAAAAUUUGUGAUUUGAACCUUGAUGAGAAAAUUGAGUAUGUGCCACUGGAUCAAAGAGUUGAGAUGAUCACAGAUUUGCUUCAACAAGUUAAGGAUCUUGAGGGACAAGUUAAGGAGCGGAGGGCCUGGGCAGAGGAGAAGGCAAAGCAGGCUGAAAGAACCAUAUGUUGUAAAGAAAGAGAGCUUGAAAGGUUGAGAGUUGAAAGAGAGGAAAAGAAGGGGAAACAAACACUUGUAGACUCUAUUAUGAUGAGGAUCAAUUCCAUGAAUUGUAAGAUGUCAGAUAUAGAGAAUGAUCAGAGAAAGUUACUUGACCAAAUGAGAUGUACAUCUGCAGCUCUUGGGCAAUUAGAAUUGGAAUGUGAAGAAAUGAAUGCAGAGUUCAAAGCUUCAGAACUUAGUGCAUCGGAGUCAUUAAGGGCCUGUGCAGCAUCUCAAGAGAAGCAGAAGAAGUGCUUGAAAAGACUCGUGGCUCAGGCUAAAAAGAAAACUAAAUUGCAUGCCGACAUUGUAGAUGCUGAACAACAAAUUUUACAGUCGGAAACACAGUUGGAGCAGGUAGAAGCAGCUCAGGAAGUCGCUCAGGAAAAGUGGAAAGAGGCUCAGAAGGAUAAAGAAUCAGCAUUGGUGCAGUUAGAGGAAGAAAGGCGCCUACUGAAAAAAACUAAAAUUACUAAUGAAAGAGAGCACAAGGCCUUGCACUCAAAGAUAGAGACAGACUUUCUGCGUCAGAAGGAUGACAUGCAGAGGCUUGAACUGGAGCUUUCUCGACUUAAAGUGUUAUCACAAGCUAGUCAGCUCAAUCUUCACUCAAAGAAGUUACAAAUGGCUAAUACUGAGAAAUUAGAGACUGAAGGAGAAUUUAUUGCAAGAAUAUUUUCUAGGCUAGAUAACGAGGAGGACUAUUGUAGCGACCGAAAAUGCUUUAAUUGUGAGAAAGAAGAUGUUUCAGUGGUUUUCAUGCCGUGUACACAUCAAGUCUUGUGCAUCAGUUGCAGUGACAGUUACGGAAAGGGGAGAAGGCCUGCAUGUCCUUGCUGUGGCUUAGCAAUUCAGCAGAAGAUUCGGGUGUUUGCUGCAGAAUCCUCGUAA